CGGACUGCUGGAGCUCACGCUCCGCUCCCGCCCCCGUCCCCCUGCCCCUGCCCCUGCUCUGCCUAGACCCUCUCCUGCGCCCGGAACUUUGGGCGUGCGGAACCUCCGUGGCGAGUCGCUAGCGCCGCGGACCCGGAGGCCGAUGGAGCAGGCACGAGGGCCCGGGGCCGACUCGCCUGAGGAAGAAGUGGAGGAGCUGGAGGAGGUGGGGGCGGACAUGGCGGCUGCAGGUGGCGCGGGCCCGGCUGUCCUGCAAGUGGCCGGCCUCUAUCGAGGCCUUUGCACGGUGCGCAGUCGGACUUUGGGCCUGGGAUUUGUUUCACCCGCACAGCUGCGCGUGUUCCCCGUGCGCCGCGGCUCGGGUCAGACCUCGAGGGGCGCAGACGGCUGCGGGGUUGGGGCCGAGCUGGAGGCCAACCCCUUCUACCAUCGCUACCGGGACAAGAUCCAGCAACUGCGCAGGUCUGACCCAGCUGCCUUUGAGUCACGCCUGGAGAAGCGCAGUGAGAUUCAGAAGCAGCCAGUAGGGUACUCUAGGCAAGGUGAUUUCAUCAAAUGUGUGGAGCAGAAGACAGAGGCCUUGGAGAAACAGCCUGUGAGCAAAGGAUUCACUAAAGACAAAACUCUUAGUUCAAUCUUUAACCUUGAGAUGGUGAAAGACAAAACUGCAGAAGAAAUAAAACAGGUUGAAAAGAUUAUCUACAUGUCACAGACACCCUCUUUUUUUGUACAGAUUUGGCAGCAGUAUUUUGCAGCAAAAGAUACAGUCUACGCAGUCAUUCCUAAAGAGAAGUUUGAUUUGAUCUGGAGCCGGGCUCAAUCCUGUCCAACAUUUCUGUGUGCCCUGCCAAGAAGGGAAGGUUAUGAGUUCUUUGUUGGACAGUGGACAAGAACUGAACUUCACUUUACUGCACUUAUAAAUAUCCAGACCCGAGGGGACGCUGCAGCCAGCCAGUUGAUUUUAUAUCACUACCCUGAACUUAAGGAAGAAAAGGGCAUAGUGCUGAUGACGGCAGAAAUGGAUUCCACAUUUCUGAAUGUUACUGAGGCACAGUGCAUCGCCAAUCAAGUUCAGCUCUUCUAUGCCACUGAUCGUAAAGAGACCUAUGGGUUAGUGGAGACAUUUAACUUCAGACCAAAUGAGUUCAAAUAUAUGUCUGUCAUCGCUGAAUUGGAGCAAAGUGGACUUGGAGCAAAACUGAAAUGUACCCAGAACAAGGAUGAGACUUAGAAACUAUAAAAACUGGCCCUUCACAGAGUCAGCUCAACCCUGGAUAGUGUAAGAAAACAACCACCACCACCCUGACCUCAAGAGCUCAGCAUCUAUACUAAGCAGUCUGUAAAGAGUUACUCUAUGUACUUAUUUUAAGAAGUGAACAUGGAGAUGAGCCUUAAUACUUGACAUUCAGAAAUAAAAGUUCCCACAUAUUGUGAUAAUUACCUCUCAGCAUACUCGAGGUUUCCUUUUAAAUGUUUCUGGUCAAGAGACAGCCAGGAAUCUGCAGGGCAGUUUAUUUCACAGUGCAGUCACAUUUUGGCUAUUUUGACUUUAUAGCUUCCAGUUCUACAUCUUUAUGAACUUGAGACAAGAUAAUAAGUUUAAAGACCUGAUGUAGGUAGAUGUGUUUUAUGUAAUCUUCCCAUAUGCCUAGCAGCUGGCCAAAGGCAUAAUCCUGGUAUUCUGUUUAGGCUCCAAAUAAGAAGAUAGUCCCACCAGGAUAAAGACUUCAUCUAGAUGCUCCCCAUAGUAAUUAUCUUUAUUGUAGCUGGUUUAGGGUGUCAACAAAUUUCAGAUACAGUUAGAUAAAUAGGUACAGUGCCUACAUAUUGUUAAACUAUAGAUUAUGACAUCUACUCCUCUAGCUCUGCCUGUUACAGGUUGUUUGGAAGAAGUAAAUCAACACAGGGUAAAUAAAACAUCUUUCUAAGGAAAAGAUCAUUUCAGAUUUGCAUGAUUUUUUUAAACCAACCCUAAGCAUUAUAUGAAAACAUAGGUGGGAGCAUAUAUUCUCAGAUUGAGUGUGGGGAAAAUGUAGCAAUAAAAUAAAAUCUGGCUUAUAGUUUUUGUUAUGCAAAAUAGUGAAAUCUGAGCUGUUUACUGUCCAUAGUUUUGGUGCUAUGGGUUGAUUUCAUCAAAACUUAUCUUGGGACACCAAUUUCUUGAGACACCAAAAAUAAGAAAGUUGUUUUCUAGCGCUAGAAGCCCAUGUGCAGUUUUGAGUAGCUCCCAACUCAGUGAUAGAAGAGGAUGGUAGUUACAUAGCAGCCUUCUGAACUUGAGGCCCCAAGAAUCCCCAGGAUAUUUGUCAACUACCUGUACCAUGCCUUUCCUUUUCUUAAUCUAACAUGUACAUUUUAUCUGCUGCCCCUACCUAAGAUCUAGUUGGAUGGCAAAAUAUGGUGAGCAGAAAUUUAAGCAGCAUCCAGUAUGUAUGUUUCUCUACAUGCACAUGCAUGCAUCUGUGUGUAUUUUUCUUUAUUAUGUAAGUUUUUAUAAGUUGGGCCUGUCCUCCAAGCUUUUGUUUUGUUUUGUUUUGUUUUUGAGACAAGGUCUCCCUAUGUAGUUCAGGAGGCCUUUGAAUUCAUGUCAAUCCUGCUUCAGCCCAAAUGCUGGAAUUACAUGCAUGCAUCACUAUACCCGGUUUCCCAGGAAAAUAGGAUUGGACUUCCCAGUAUUUUCUGAACAGUCUACUUCUGUUGUACAUCUGAGUCAGUGUAUAGAGAGAUACAUAUAUAAUGUUUAUUUCAUUUGAAGAAGCUACUAUCCCUUCCAUAAUUUCCCUACAGGUUGAGCUUUUCCUAAUGCAAAUUCUGGAUCUGCUACUGGUCCUGACAGUUCAUCUUUUUAGAAACUCGAGUUUUAUCAGUCUUACCAUUUUCCUUGAAUGCCAUCUGACCUUCCAGAUGUUUUGCAAUCCAGAAGUCAUAGACAGCAGUUGGGGUUGCAUUCAUGGGUGUCCAAUUAUGUUUGUUCUUCCCUCCAGAUGCACCCAGUUCUUAACUAUAGGGUAUUUUCAUAAACCUCCACCAUGGUGUGAGAAAAUGAUGGAAAAAGAGGUAAGAAAUGGCCAUUUGUUUUACAGUUCCAGCUUUGCUCUCAAUCUCAGCUUACCAAAGAAGGUUGUAUCGUGGGUAAUCAAUGAUACUGGAUGUCACUAUACUACCAUCUGACUGUUCUUGAUAUUUAUUUAUCGAGAGAGCUACCAAAGAGCUAAAAGAAAAUUAUAAUAUUUAAUCUUUCCCCUGACAUCCCUAUAGGAAGUUGGCAGGCUUUAUAAUUAAAUGAAUCUUCAAAUGUCAGUGUCACUACUCAUUAACUCUGUAAUAUCAAACAGAUUACUUAAACUCUCUAUCCUUUUUUCCUCUGCAAAGUGGAGAUUAUAGUAUCUACCUCAUAGGAUUAUUACAAGAAGUUAACUUAUAUAUAGAUUAUAGGGCAACUUAAUAAAUGUCAACCUUUUUCCUCUUCUGUACUUCCCCUGCCCUUACUAAAGACUAGUACAGAUUAGCGUAACAGAUGUAUAGAUCAUUAUUCAUUUCAAUUUAUACCAUAUCUUACCGAUUUUCAAAUGUUAAGAUACAGUGGACUAUAAAGAAUGUGAUCAUUAUGUAUACCUGAAAUGUACCAGUAAACUUAUGAAUAAAAAAUAAAAGCUGUAAAUAAAAAAAAGAUGCAGUAGAAUCACUCCGAGUGCUUUAAAAUGUUGAUUCCCAGUCCCAUAACUUUCUGAAUUAUAAAUUUGCAGAAGUGCUGGGAUAUAUAUUUUACUAUGUGCUCCAUAUGAUUCUGUUGUAAAUAAUUAGAAAGUUGUAUUUUGAAAAAUAUUGCCUUAUUUAUUCUUCUGACAAUGUCAGCCAAUCUUUUCCCUCCUGUAGAUAUGGAUCAGAGGAUAUAGGUCCCCCUGUUCUCUCUCCCUGCUCUUAGUGGUUCCCUUUGCAAACUCUUAAUUACAUUAUUUAUUUUUGUGUCUUUUCCCUGUGAGACUGUGAGCUCCUGUGGGCCAGAAUUUAUCUGUGUUCAGCACCAGGAACAUGGUGUGGACCAUAGAAGAUACUCAGUUCUUGAAUAAAUAAAUUAUAUAAAUUGUAGCCAAAC